AUGCAAGAGGAGGAAAGUGAGCUCGAGGAGCUGCAGAGGUGCGUAAAACUGCGCAUGAGCCGGAGCUUCAAUCUGAGUUGUUGAGUCAUUGUGUGUUUCUUCUCUCUUUCAGCAUCGUCGCGGGCCAAAGACAGAAGAUAGAGAAGUGAGCACCGCUUCUUCAAUCAAGACACGCACAGAGAAGUACAUGCGUCAAAUUGUCUGUCGUUCCCUGAUUGUAUGGAUUCAGGCUGGAGAAGGAGGCCAAACGUCCUGUGACAGUGGCAACCGAAGCCUUCAGCGCGAAAAAGGUGAAAACGCCUCACGAGAUGGUUUCCUUUCUUGACCAGUACGUCAUCGGACAACUGGACGCCAAGGAAGCCCUCGUCACCAUGAUACGUAUGCCGAGAAAGACACAAAGCACUGCAAUGGCUGCUUGCGUCCCCUUUGUGGCGUUCGCAGGAAACCGAUGGUGUUUUGAGCAAGAGGAAGACCCUGACGAUCUCACAGAGGAGUCGUCCAUCGACGUACUAACGAAGAGGCCGACGGGAAGUGGCAAGACUGAGGUAAGAAGUCUGCUGGCACUUCGCAUUACAAGUGGCUUCUCUUUUGUCUCUUGCUUUGGAUGCAGCUGUGCCGUUGCAUCGCUAAUAUAGUCCAAGCUCCAUUCAUCAUCGCCGACGCCACACAAUAUACAAGAGCUGGAUAUGUCGGCCGGAGUGUAAGCGAGAUCAUAGAUGACGUGACUAGAGACACGGCAACAAAGACGAUGAAGGCAGUACCAAAGCAGGUGGGAAAGACGAAACGAGUUCAUGGCCGGAGACAUUUGGUCUUUCCCUCUUUGUUUGUGCACCUGUGUUUGUGUGUGUGCUCUCACAGGACAUGCCAAUCAUCAUCGAGGCGCUGGGCAACGCCGUCCGUCAGAAAGAGCAUCGCCUCUCUCGUGCAGGUAUUUUGCUCUGCUUUGUCUACUUUCUGUGACAUCAGGAUCGUCCACGACCACUUGCGGCCCCCCCGAGAUCAAAGAAGCCGCCCGACGUAAUCGACGAGAUCGACAAAAUCUGCAAGCCAAGGGUAAAGUAGACUUUGCUUUAUUCAAUGGGGUACGUAUUUGGUGUUGAGUCAUUAGGGGGAGAAAAACACGGGAGUGGAUGUGUCGCGAGAAGGCGUCCAACACGAGCUGCUGAUCCUCAUCGGCGGAACUGACGUUCUCACGGGUUGCCCAUGUACACGCUUCUGGUUCUGCCAUUCAGGCUGUGUGUGUAUUGUGUGUGUGUGUGUGUAUUGUGUGUAUGUAUAUGUCUCAGUCUCAUGCAUCUCUCUCUCUCUCUCUGUGUGUGUGUGUGUGUGUGCAGCAGUCGCGGCAGUCCCUCCCUCCAGCAUCUGAGUUGGGUCACUUUGGCGCUCCACCCGUCUGGGUAGGUAGACAUCAGAAGAUAUGUCGCACACACCACACCCACACUCGAUGGACGGAUAUCCCACCCUCAUUUCCCUCUGUCUGUCUGUCUGUCUGGUUGGUUGUCUCAUUCAUUGUAUGUAUGUGUUUAGGCCGACGUCGGCUCGUGAGGAGUUGGGCAGUAUGGGGGUGUGCAUGUCGCCCCACUCCAUCGGCGGCCUCAACGGGCACUCGCUCCUCACCGGCGGCCCCGUCAACAACACACCCAACUUCAACCUGGGCAUGCCAGCCUCCAGUGCCGCUGCCGCUGCUGCUGGUGGUGGUGGUGGUGGGUCUGGUGGUGGGGCCUCAUCGGCAGCUGCAGCUGCAGCUGAUGCGGCCCUGAGUGGGUCCGCAUGAGCAAGAAGCUGCGCCUGGAGUGAUCAAGCGAUAGAGAGGGGGACCACACAGUAUGUACUCACAGUUUCUACUAGUCUCUGCCACGGCCGUCGCGUCUGUCUCGUUGAAGGAUUGGGGGGGCGAGGGCUUCGGAGGGGAGCCAGCGUGCGUGUAUUGUCUUGUGUUGUGCAGAUGUGUGAUUUGAGUGGUUUGGUCUGCUUCUUGCGCACCUGAGAGAGAUCGCGAGUUAUCGCUGCCUGCAUUUUAUAUCUGUAUUUGGCCUGUUUUGAUUGCUUUCUGCUCUCGUCUUUCAUUCAUAUGUGUCUUGACAAUCGAUUCUUGCGACAAUCGGACCUGCUGGUACUUAUCGCGUCUUGAGCUUGAAUGCUUGGUGGCUCUUGAUGUUCUUUAAGCAGCCUGGUUGUCACCAAACAGACCACUAGCUGCCACGGUGAAGCGCAGCGAUGUACUCUGCCCCUCCCUCUGGCGGUACUGAUUUCUGACCGGCCGCUCGCCAUGCUGGCCGCCUUUGCCAUCUCCGUGUUGCUGCCGUGUGCUGCUGCCGUGAUAGAGAACUAUUGUCUGG